AUGGCGUACUUCUUUAUUGUGGCUGAGCACGCCAGGCCGUUCAAUCGCCAGUUCAAGCUUAACGAUCACACGAUCCAACAUCCAUUCACUCACGAAGAAAGAGUCACUGGCCACAUGUGUCUUUUCUUAGCAGCUUUCGUUCCAUCUGUAUCCAUGACCGUGGGUAGUUUCAUCAAGCACCGCAAGAACAAAGAUCAGGCCUUGCAUUUGUUGCAAGUAUCGUUGCUUGGAGCGGCGUUAACAGUGAGCUUAGACGGCAUUAUCACUGAUAUUUUGAAGAACUGGGUUGGUAGACCAAGGCCAGACUUCUUGGAAAGAUGUGGUGCUCCGUCCAACACGCCAACGGACGUGUUCGUGGAUAUUUCCGUAUGUACAGCUCCAUUGGGAGAGUUACGCUUGAUCGAUGGUAUGAGACUGACACCGUCUGGUCACUCGCUGAUUUCCUUUUCAGCGUUUUUGUUUUUGGCCAUGUGGCUCUUUGGCCAGUUGCAGCUUUCUGUCAAUGUUGCAUCAAAACCAGUCUACUUAUAUAUUCUUAGCAUGCUGCCUCUCGUUUUGGCCGCUUACGUUGCCCUUUCUAGGGUUCAGGAUUACAGACAUCAUUUUCUGGAUAUCGUGCUGGGCAUGAUUAUUGGAUGCUCCGUGGCCGUGGCUGUUUACAGAAAGUACUUCCACUCAGUAUUUGCAGAGAACUCUCACGAGAUCAACGGCGAGGAAGAUAACAGCGGGGUUUUGCCAUUAUAA